AUAGCCUAGGCGUCGACUCGAUCGGGACAUCAGAAACCCGCCUCCUCGCCGCCACCGUCUCAAAUCCACCACACCAACCCCUUAUCAAGCCUCCGCAUCGGGACAAGCCAGAAGCACGCCCCGUCAUGUCGGAAUCAUACGAGCGCGAGCGCCAGAACAACGCUCGCCUCGACGAGCUGUCGGCCAAGGUGUCUGCGCUGCGCGGCGUCACCGUCGACAUCUACGACAGCUCGCGCGCGCACGAGGUCAUCGACUCGACGUCCGACACAUUCGCGUCCAUGACCACGCAGAUCAAAGGCUCCGCCGGCAGGCUCGGACGGAUGGCCGCUUCCGGGAACAAAGUGGCGAUCCUCAAGCUCUCGGGCAUCCUCAUCGCGACGUUUGUGGUGCUGUACUAUAUCUGGAGGCUGUUCUUUUAAGGGAAUCCGCGAACCAGUCG